UUUAUUUCUUUUUUGUUAAUGAAAGUAUUAUAUCGCACAUGCGCAAAAGUUUCGGUACAUAUAAUUGUGGUAAUGUUAAUCAUCAAUGAUAACAGCAAUUUAUCAUAGUAUCGGAAUGAUAAUCUACAUUGAACAAGUUUGUGUUUAAGUGCAAUAAGUAGCGUUUAUUUUUAUAAAUUAUUCAUAAGUACUGAAUUUUUAUGUUCAAUGAAAUUCAUUACAUUCGAGAUUUUUACUCUCCGGCCACGGCUGUACUUUGCUUUUAACAUUCACCGCGAAAAAUUGUGUUCUUCUUGGUGGGGUGUUGGGUAACAUAAUUCACGUGGGUGUCAUGAAUUGGUUUAAAUUUAUCAGUGCAUUCAAUAUCAUCAAAAAUAUGUUUUACAUGUAUUAUUUUGAAACCUUGAAAAUGAUAAAAUUCUGAGUAACACAUAAUUCAGGAUUUAUUUUUCCAUGUCACGCUGACAGUUUGCAUUUUUUACAUGUUGAAUUAGAUAAUUAAAGUAAAGGAUAUUAAAUGUUGAAGUUAUAUAUCUAUAACGCUGGUCGUCAAAGUGUUGAUCAUGAAUCUCUUUCCAAAGAUGAAAAUCCUGAGGACAAUGUUGCUACCUGUGAUUCACGCUAGCUGGGCGGUAAUAAUAGGAAAUUGUAAUAAAUUAAUAGAGAAUUGGUAUUGGCCGAUUGACCGCGUUGUCACGACUUUUAUAUACGUAAUACACACACGGUGCGUGAGUUUACGGCGCUCUCCGUGCGAACCUCAGCGCCCGGGCCAACGGGGUUAAUUAGUUCAAACUAGCUUCCAUCUGUGCCGGUGUCUGAACGAUGCGAUUAAAGAUUUUUACACGGCUGUCCCACCUCAAUCGUUCCAAUGCUUCGAAUAAGUGGCGUGACUCGUCCCUCUCUUUCACUUGUUCCAUUUUUUAAUCGUUCUGAACCUUUAAAUCACAGUAUACAUUCUUGCUCGUAUGCUAUCAUUGCCAGUAUACUGAAAAAGUCUAAAUGAAGUAAUAAAAUAAUUUAAUAGAGUACAUGAAACGAUAAAUUGAUAACAUAUCGAACUAUAUACACAUAUUUCCGGUAAAAUGUAACUUCAGUUUCUGGAAAUGUUUGCAAGAGAUAUAAAAUUUCAUAAUUGUAAUACGUAUUCGCGUUUGUUAAAUGCUUCCGAUUCUCAUAUCUUAUCGGAAAUUAGAUAAAGUUUCACUCAAAUCGAUGAGUUAUUUAUAUAUCAGCAUCUAUGCGAAAGUCUUGGAAUUCGUAAUCUUUUGCUGCAUAAUUUUGCAUUUUCAUUGUGAUUUAUGUUUGUUAACAUUUUAAAAUUAAUUCAAGCAUUUGAUCUAUACAUCGUAUGAUUAAUAUUAGUGAUUGGUGGCAUUGUAUAGAGCUUUUCAAAUUUUCAACAUUUAUACCGUACCCCUUAAGGUCGUCGAACGAUGGUAAACAAACUCUGGUGCCAGGAACUAAGCAGGAAAUGGUUCCAUAAGAAGGUCGAACCACCGCAUCCACGAAUCCUCACCGAACCAAGAUGCCAAAAACACGUUGCCACCUGGUAUCUACUUUACCGUUGGUUAAUCUUUAUGGCCUGGGCUUCCAUCGUCGUCUGUUCGAUAUUCGAAUAUGGUAGUUACAAUCCUAUGCCAAUAUACGAUAAAUGGCCAAUUUAUUUAACCAACUGGGAUUUAGUGUUGGGCCUGUGUCAAGCGUUCCUUGGCGGUUUUCUAGUUUCGAGAAGAUGGAAGCUGCAGAAAUUAUCCGAUUUUGAUCCUUCCGCGUUGAUGUUAGGAUUAACGGACAGGGUUUACUGGUUCCUUUACGUUGUUACUACCAACGUCGCGAUUGUUGUUACGAUUUCCUACUGGUGUAGCGUUUACGAUCCAAAGAUUCAUCAUUUAGAUCCGUUGAACAUUAUGCUACACGUUUGUAACAGUAUUCUAAUGAUCAUAGACUUUUGUAUUACGGGCAUUCCAUUUAGAUUAAGGAAUUUCUGGUGGUGUUUAACCAUUGUAUUUUUUUACGUUAUUUUCUCGGUAAUAUAUUACCUUGCAGGUGGAUUAGAUAAACAGGGUUAUCAUUAUAUUUAUAAAAUCCUUGAUUGGAAGAAACCAGUACGAUCUUCAUUGGUAUGCUUGGGUCAAGCUAUUUUUAUAACCAUAUUAUAUUCCAUAAUAUGCCUUUUAGAAAAAUUGAAAAAUCGGUUCUACCGAAAGAUUGAUAAGAAAUUAGAAGGAAUGGAGAUACAGAUUCCUAAUAUAGAGAAACAUGCUGAUAUUGUUUAAAAAUUAGCAAUGCUAGAACAUUAUUUAUAAGAUACAUUUCUAAAGAAAAUUAUUAUUUACAAUUUUUAACUACCGAUUGUAUCGAGCUAAAACAUAAGUAGCGCAUAUAAAAGAAGGAAUUAGUAUCCUGUUUCAGAUUCGUUCAACGAAAUAUAUCGCAUUGACAAUAUUAAUAUUAAUAAGAUUACAUAAUAGCAGUAGUAUUUCAUGCUCGUUUAUUUCUUUUAUAUACGCUCAGUUUGUAUAACGUGUAUUGUGGUACAACAAAAAAGCGCGAAAAACACCUUUAGAAAUGUACGCUUACGUACGAAUACGAUUAUUUAUAAUUUAAGAACAAAAUAGUAUUCCUCAAACUAUAUACAGCAGUAAAAAAGAAACUGUGAAGUUUGAUGUAAUUAGUAUUACUGAAAUAUCAUAUGUAAAAAUUGUAUAUUUUAUAGCAUCGAAGUUUGAAAGAAAUUGCACGUGUGUUCAUGCAUAAGCCCAGCAUAAGUAUCUAAAAUUAGAUACUAAUUUUUAUAAUAAAUGGAAUAAAGAUGACUAAACGUUUAAAUUUAGGAAAUAAAUGCAUAUAUACCAUGGCUAAUAAUUCAUUAUUCAAAGCAUUAAUUACAUAUCAUGCUAUUGUCACUAUAAUAAUGUAUGAAAAAAUAUCUUUGACACGUGAACGCAUUUAUAAAUGUUGAAAGCAUUUAAUUUUAUAUAAUUUAUAUUUGUCCAAUUAUUCUUACACUACAUUAUAACACGACUGUUGUUGAAACAUUCCGAAUUUGUUUUCCACUAUUGUUAAGCGAGUCUUGAGUGAUAUAGGUAAUAAAACUAUCUUUUUUUUUUUCAAUUGUACAUUCAAUUUUUAUAUGCAUUGGCCAUUAUAGACACAAGGUUUCAGGAAUGCUAUGUACAAUAGGACAAUGAAUAAACUUUCUGGAAAAAUA